AUGGCCGACUGGACCCCAAGCUCCUGGACUACCAAGCCCAUCAAGCAGGAUGUGGUUUAUGAAGACGCCCAGGGAGUCAAAGACUCACUAGAGAAGCUACAGAAACCCCCGCCGCUAGUGACAACACAGGAGAUCCACAACCUCAAGAAAAGCUUGAAAAAUGUUGCUCUGGGCAAUGCGUUCGUAUUGCAAGGUGGUGACUGCGCCGAGUUGUUCGACUACUGCAACCAAGACAUGAUCGAGGCCAAGGUGAAGCUUCUGUUGCAAAUGAGCUUGGUUCUGAUCUGGGGAGCAAACAAACCCGUCAUCCGUAUAGCUCGCAUUGCAGGCCAGUUUGCCAAGCCUCGCUCUAGCCCAACAGAAGUAGUCAAUGGCGUCGAAAUGCCCUCAUUCCGCGGCGACAACAUCAACGGCUUCGCCGCCGAUGCCAACUCGCGAAAACCCGACCCAUCCCGCCUCGUCUCAGCAUACUUCCAUUCCGCCGCAACUCUCAAUUACAUGCGUGCCUCACUCUCCUCGGGCCUCGCCGACCUACACUCCCCACUGAGACUGGGGCCUCGGUCACUCAAAGACGCCCUCCGCUUCAUGCGCACAGUAGGCAUUGAUAAAGACCGCGGCGUCGAGACCGCAGACAUUUACACCAGCCAUGAGGGUCUCUCCCUCGAGUACGAGCAAACAUUGACACGCCUCAUGAAGAAUCCCACUCAGGCCGGAUCCGCACAGACAUCCGCGUACUACGCCACCUCGGCACACUUCCUUUGGAUCGGAGACCGGACUCGCCAACUGGACGGUGCGCAUGUCGAGUUCUUCCGCGGCAUCGAAAACCCCAUCGGCAUCAAAAUCGGGCCGACAAUGGCAUCCGACGAGCUCGUCCGUCUCCUGGACGUGGUGAACCCGACCCGAGAAAUCGGUAAAGUCAUCCUCAUCUCGCGGUACGGCGCAGCCAAAAUUGGUCAGUUCCUACCGGGUCAUAUCGCUGCUGUGCAAGCUUCUGGUCAUCUCCCCGUGUGGCAGUGUGAUCCCAUGCAUGGUAACACCCAGGCGACGCCCUCGGGUGUCAAGACAAGGCAUUUCACCGACAUAUUGGCCGAGUUGAAGCAGGCGCUGGAGAUUCAUCGUGCCGCGGGGUCGUUCUUGGGUGGAAUGCAUCUUGAGUUGACCGGUGAGGCUGUCACGGAGUGUGUUGGUGGUGCGGCUGGAUUGACGGAGGAGGGGUUGGGUGAGCGGUAUACGACUUUUUGUGAUCCGCGGCUUAAUGAGAAGCAGGCUUUGGAGCUUGCUUUCCUUGUUGCUGGGUUCUAUCGGCAGGAGGAAGAAAGUUGA